AAUUUAAAGAGCAAAGUUUACAUACUUUACAAGAUUAUGUUAAUGUAUUAAAUCUUAUACUAUCAAUAAAUAACAAGACACAACAUUUGAAUGGGCACUUUGGUUCGACUUACCAAUCCAUGGAACUUGGUCAAGAUCAGUAUGAUAGAUACGGUGGUGGUUAUAAUGAUUUCAGGGCUGCGGGCGCAAAUACAGCGCCUGGCAAAGUUUUGUAG